AUGCGUGCAUCAUUUGUUGUUGCAGUCCUUUUGGGCUUAGUGGCCUUAACAUGGUCCUACCCAGCUGCUGAGGAUAAUAACGUCGAAACCCUAUUGGCCGUGAAUGAAGCACAAGGACACGAAAACGAAGCAGGACGCCAAGUAAGACAGUUCGGUGGUGGUCGAGGAUUUGGAGGCGGCUUUGGCGGUGGCCGCGGAGGAGGAUUCGGCGGUGGCUUCGGCGGCGGCCGCGGAGGAGGAUUCGGAGGUGGACGAGGUUUCGGUGGUGGUUUUGGCGGUGGACGUGGUGGUGGCUUCGGCGGUGGUUUCGGUGGUGGAUCUGGUGGCGGCUUUGGUGGUGGAGCUGGUGGCGGCUUCGGUGGUGGUUUCGGAGGCGGCUUUGGCGGUGGACGCGGUGGCGGUUUCUUUGGUUAA